CCGCCAACGCCAAGUGCAGCUUCUCAGUCCUCACAUUCCCUGACACUCUCUUCCGUUUCGUUCUCGGGGAAGAAGAAGAAGAAGAAGAAGAUGGAGAGAGCUUUUGGCGUCAAGAAGGAGAAGGAGCCUGCUUCCUCCGUUCAGGACGCCUCCGAUCGGAUCACUAGAAGAGGCGACACGAUAGAUGAGAAAAUCAAGAAGCUUGACACGGAGCUGGGUAAAUAUAAAGAACAAAUCAAGAGAAUGCGGCCUGGGCCGGUGCAGGAAGCUAAAAAAGCUCGAGCAAUGAGGAUUCUCCAACAAAAACGAACGUAUGAAGGACAACGCGACAUGCUAUGCAAUGAGAGUUUCAGACUUGAUCAAGUUGCUUUUAAUGCGGAGGGUAUCAAAGACAAAGAUGCUCAACAAACUCGCUGCAAGACGCAUAAUUCAAGACAGUGCAACCGAAGCUUUAUGUUUACCCUGUUUGGAACAUGCUGCCUACCUCAUGAGAGUCUUCUGUUUCCAGCUGACGUCUCUGAAGUAUGCCAAUAAGGAUUUGAAAGGCGUGGUGAAAAUCAUGAAGAUCCAUGGCAUUGAUGUCUGUGAUUUCUCCUUUACUCUUUUCUUUCAGUCUAGAUGCUGACUCCUUUGGAUCGGCUGUUUCUUCAGCUGGUUUUAUAGAGCUUGCAUUUGCAAGAUGAGAUGACGGACCUAAUGGACAUAACUGAUGAUGAGUGAGAUACAAGAAACCUUUGGAGUGAGCUACAAUGUACCUGAUGACUUUGAUGAAGAAGAGCUCUUAGUUGAACUAAAUUGUUUGGAAGCAGGCAUGGGAAUGGAAACAGAGACCAGAGAGGACUUGUAUUUCUUCAAUUGGAUGAGGGGCCGGUUUUGGGUGCAGAGCUUGACUUGCCUUAAGCGCCAGCAUCCAGCAGGACACGCUGCUGAACCUUCUGGCAGAUCCAAUGCCCAGGCAGAUAUGAACUGGGUCUGCCUGCCGGUCCUCAUGCAAAAGGAAUUACCUUCCUUCCUUGUUGAUCAUGUAUUGGUGCCGAGGAAGUAGAUGGAGACGCCUGCUGUAGAAUUGAGAUGCAGAGUCUACUCGAUUUUAUAUGGCUAUGUAGCUACUCCUUUCCGCUGUAAUUUCUGUUCUUUCAACAAACUAAUGACGGUAAGGAGUCGAUAAAUGAAUCAAGUUGCCGAGUUUUGGAGCUUGUGAAGGGGAAUAGAAGAUGAUUGCAUUGUGGAAUUGCCAAUUGGUCUCAUUUCACUUUCCUCUGGUUAGGAUAAGUUUGUUUUCUUCAACAAUUCGAUGAGCUUUUCAGAGAUCCCGGGAUUAAGCGGAGAGCUAAUUUUUUUACAGGUAGUAACAAACAAUAUGUUGAAAUUGUAGUUUAAAAAUAUGUCUGGGAGUGAAUUUCUCGCA